AUGGACAUUCUAACAUACCUUUAUGAUCUGGCCGAGCCAGUCCCAUCCACCUCCCGUCACCAUCAAUCCUUGAAGGAGCAGCACCAACUCUUCCAGUUAGCAGCCGGAUCCACAGAUUUGGGUGUCUACAUCGACAAACUUGUCGAACACCUUGUUGUCAAUUCUACCGUUCAGCAACAACAGAAGGUCGCUGCAGCUGCCGCCGCCGCCGCUCAGGCCGCCCAGGCCGCCGUAGUCGCAACGGCCCAGAUGAGAAAAGCUGCUAGUGUUCCAGCAACGACCUCACCGGACCCACCACUGAGCUACACUCAGAUCAACUGUCUGGAAAACGUGCACCGCCUUCUGAAGUCUCAAUCUCGACCGGAAAGCCCAGCCAAGCAGGACGAGCCGUUCGAUGAGAAGAAGUACCCACCACAAGCUCAAUUGACACGAGAAGCGUUGAGUCUUCACACGAAACGAUUCGAGGAUGAGUACAAGGACACGUGGUGCAGACGCCUGAAACGACUAGCCGAUGACGUGCCGAGCUCACCACCAGCCAAACAGCUCCGACCAUCCGGACCAACGCCGAUCCACUGGUCCGCCACGAACAACCAACAUCAAAACUAUAGAUCGAUGGCGCCGAAUCCACCACCACCACCAGGAAAGAAUUAUCAGAUCACCUACACACCACUCGACGAUCCAACGGACCAAAAAUCUACCAACACCAAGUCCGACGUAGAAAACAGCACAGUUUACCCGAUCUCCGGCUCGAAAUUCUCGACUCCGAUGAGGUUAUCGAUUGAUGGUGGUGCCUCAACGCCUCCUCCACUCGUUCAACGUCUUCUGAUGCCACGUGGUGCCACGUCGACAGGCGGAGCAUCCCCAACGUCGAGCACCAAUUCGCCGCCCACUUUCCCCAAAACCUCAUCCUCAUCGUCUCUCUUAAUGCUACGGGAUACUCAGAAUUGA